UAAAUGGAAAACAAACGUAAAUAAAACUAAGUCUCGCUGCUAAAAAAAAACAGGAGAUAAUUCUAACUUGGCAGCCUAUGCUUGGAGAGUCCACGUAGACAUUUAGCAUACACAAUGGACAUAUCGAAGGCACCAAACCCACGCAAACUACAGCUCUGCCGCAUCUACUUUCUGACUGGCUUUGCUUUUCUGCCCUUCGUGUGGGCCGUAAAUGUUUGCUGGUUCUUUGAUGAGGCGUUUCGCAAGCCGCCAUACACCGAACAGACUCAAAUAAAGCGCUAUGUGAUAUACUCAGCUAUAGGGACAUUCAUCUGGACAAUUGCACUGAUCACCUGGGUUAUUCUAUUCCAAACGAAUCGUGCGGCUUGGGGUGCCACCGCCGACUAUAUUAGCUUUAUCAUACCCUUAGGGGUCUCAUGAGUCGAGUCUACUUUAUGGUAUUAAAAUUAACAAAUUGAUAUUAAGCUAAAUAAAUUA